CGUACAUCAAUAUACCUACAGUACAGUGUUAUAAAAAAAUCAUCUCUUGUUGCGUUGUGCGAAAUCCUGAUUUCCGUACUUUUAUUGUACUUUGCGAGUUAUUUAUUUUCUCUUGUACUGGAGAACCUACUGUAAGUUAUUUCUGUGCAAUAAAGAAUAAUUGGUAAGAAUAUUUUGAAGGUAGUGUAAUAGUGAGUGAAAUAGGUAGGUACUUCCUAUAGAAAUGGUGUUGUCACUGAGAGCCUUUCUAUUUUCUAUAUCUUGAAUAUUUAGUAAAAUUACUGUGCAGCCCAGAAUGUCGUCCAAUAAAGAAGUUUUCUCUUUGUACGAUAGCAGUCCUGAUUCCUUAUUCGACAUAUGUAUGGCUUACAUAGUAGAUAAUCUGAAUACUAUUACGAAAUUAGAUCCUACUAGUCGAUUGCGCAAACUCAAAGACGAUGUCAUAUUACCAGCUGAAAUUUGUGAAAAAUUUCUAUCAGCUUACCAAAAAAACAGCCGUGUUAGUGACAAUAUUGCCAAUUUGUUUCGUGACCGCCAACGUACAAGGUUGGGCACUGUCAAACUGCGCAACUCUCGCAUCACAGAUGAAGGUCUACGAAGUUUUAUGGAGCACAAGCCUUAUGAGGUGGAAUUAGUGCAAUGUGAGUAUCUCUUGCCAGCUUCCUUAGAUAUAAUAAAUGCCAACAGCCAAAAUCUAGUGUCACUGAAAGUUGGGCCACUCACAAAUGUAUUAUCACAAAAUGAAAGCCUAUUUAGACAGAGAGGCUACAUAAUAAAUGCGCCAAAACUUAGAAGACUUACUAUUCAACGUCGAGGGCUUGCAAUAGUUCCAUUACUCCUCCUCAAAACUUUAACUCAUUUGACACAUUUGGAUUUAUCUGAAUGUAGUUCAAAUAAUUCCAUACUGGCAAUAAAUGAACUCAAAAAUUUAAAAUCACUAAUAUUGCAUAGUGUGCACUGGUCAAAAGAUGUAAUAGAUUGGAUAGCCACAUUGCAUACAUUGCGACACUUGGAUAUAUCUCAGGCAAAUGAACGACAGGGCAAAUAUUUUUGCCCAAAUGAUGUUUUGUCAAAGUUGGUCACUAGUUUGCCACUUCUGGAGUCAUUAGAUAUAUCAGGAACAAACUUGGCUGGAUCUGGAGCUGCAGCUGUUUCAAAGGAUUCUGCUGGCAAGUCAAAAAAUCAAGAAUGUUGUGAUAUACCUGGUCUUGUAAGCCGUGUUAACAGACCAUUGGAGUUUCUUGGUCUCUAUGGUACACAUCAUGGUGCCUGCAAAAGACAUGAUAUUCCAGCUAAAGUGAUUUCUGGAGAUGCUAAUGAAGAGCAGAUACUUACCGCAGCUACAGCCUACAUGGAGAGACCAGCAAUGUUAGCGCGUGUUCUCAAUGAUCUCUACUACUUGUUCCGUUAUGAGAAUAAUGCAUAUGUGGGCCGCGCCCUCUGUGUUGUUCUUGAUGCUAUGGAUCAACAUGUCUUAGAAAAACAUAUACAAAUUUCUGGAAGUGCCACACUGUUCUACAUUGUGAAGGGAAAGGAAAAAGACAGAAUUGGAAUCAAACUAAAAAGACGCAUCAUCUCUGCUUUACUUGAUGGGAUGGAAGCACAUCUUGGGGAUGAUACAAUGAUGAGAAAUGGUUGCCUAACACUCUGCCAGUUUAAGAUUCCAACUGACGUGAUGUUCGAGUAUGAACGUGUCGUGCAAAUAUUGUUGAGUGGCGUCGCCGAUUUGAAUCAAGAAGGAUUUGUGCAAAGAAUUGCCAUAUAUUUACUGAAUUCGCUCGCCUGUCAAGUGGACGGAAAGCAAAAACGUUUUCUAGGGAAUAACGGCGCAAUAGGGAAAAUGUUAAAUUUAAUAUCAGACCGGCUGGAGCGACGCAUAUGUGAUGACGUACUGGAGGUAGCAUGGUCUACUAUGUGGAAUGUGACUGACGAGACCCCACAGAAUUGCCAAAGGUUCCUGGAGAAUCGUGGCAUGGAGUAUUUCCUUGCUUGUCUUAAGAGUUUUCCUGAUAAGGAAGAGUUGCUUCGCAAUAUGAUGGGGCUUCUCGGCAACGUUGCUGAAGUAGCUGAACUACGGCCGCAACUGAUGGACAAAUUGUUUCUCACUGUCUUUUAUGAAUUACUCGAUUCUUGCAGUGAUGGUAUAGAGGUAAGCUACAAUGCUGCCGGGGUGUUAGCUCAUAUGGCGUCAGAUGGCCCCCAAGCUUGGACAGUAGACGAGCCAGCUCGCGAGGCAGUGUUGGCGCGUGUUGCAGCUGCGGUCGAUCGUUGGGACUUAAAAGCGGAACGGAAUAUUAACUAUCGUUCUUUUGAGCCUAUACUCAGUUUGCUGAAUGCCCAUCACACACCGCAGUGCCAGCAUUGGGCUGUCUGGGCAUUGGCUAAUCUUACAACUGUUUACCCUGAGAAAUAUUGUAAUCUAGUGGAAGCUGAAGGAGGAUUAAAAUUAUUGAAGGAACUACUGUUGCACCCUGCUCCCUAUAAACUAAUCAAGGAUCUCGCACAUGUUGUCAUCGAUAAUUGCUCUCAGUAUGCCGUGCGCGAAUAUGAUGCCGGUACUUCCCUGGAUCCGCUUGCGCCAGACAACUAACUAAUGGAGUACUUUGAGGAUAUAUAUCCUCUAAUGCGAGAAUAGCUGAGAUUCGCGUGGGUUUCCGUCCUCUGGACCCACCUGGUGAUAGCUGUAGCUGCGUCUACUGAGACCACCGGCAACCCAGGACAAUGAACUCUAGUGAUGUCGCGAACUCUAUUCAAACGCAUAAAUGAACUAUGGUGAAAUGAGUUAAAAAUCUAUCUCGGUAUGAACUAAAAUGUUCACUGUGUUAGUACAAUAAGUAAAUACUAUGAGUGGCGCGUGCCAUUAUGUUUAAGUGUCGAACUUAAAUUUUGGCAUCUCACGGGCAUGGUAUAAAUAUUUAUUUAUGCUUCAUAUGCAUGUUUUUUUUUAUCAAUAACAAAAAAUAACACUUUAGUUAUCGUGAUUUAUGGCUAACCAACUACUACCUAAUAGAUUUCUUUUAAAGAAACUGUUUCUAUAUAAAAUAUUUGAUGUUAGAGUUAUAGUAAUAUAUUGAAAAUAGAAAUAAGGAAGGUGCAACACUGAUUAUUUUUUGUUUAGCCAAUGCUUUAAAUUUUAUAGCAAUAUGAUCUGUAUUUUGUACCUUAUAUAUAUUGGAUUUCUAUAUUUUACAUUUAAGAAAUAUUUAUUUUAGGAUUUCAGUAAAUGUUUAUUAGUUACUAUAUCAAUAGCUUGUUAAUUCGGCAAUGUCUAGUAUGUAUGUUAUUUAUAUAACUGUUUAUAUUUACACCAUAUGUUACUAGACUUACUACUAUUACUAUAUAUGUGUACUAAUUAUUGUUAAUUAGAUUUCGCAGAGUCCAUCGAUAAUUUGAUGAUAUUUUAAGAGAGCAGUCUGUUUCAAUGUCAUACUUUGUAUGGGUUACUUAUAUAUACAGAGAUCAUUAACUACAUAAUGACAGAAGUGAUUUUGUUAUCGUUUUCGUGUAAUAAUGUAAAUUCUUUACAAGUAGUAUAAUAACCACUUAUGAUUUUAUACUUAAAUACACUAAAUUUCAUGUAGUGUGGUGGUUGUUUUAUGAAUAACAAUUGAUUUGGUCGAUAUUAAUCGAUACAAAUCGAAUCGCUGUAUUUUUUUUCAUUGUUCUAGAUAAUGGUAACAAUUUUAUCUAACACCUUCACAAACCCAUCACAUUUUAAUAUAAUCAGCUGUAAAUUAAUCAGCAGCAUUUUUUUAAAUUUUAAAGAAAGUAAAUCGAAUAGUAUAUUUUUUUAUUAAUCCUGUAAAUCAAAACAUAGACAUCUAAAUCAAGUUUUAAAUAUUAUAUAAAAUAGUUUACUAUUAUAAUCUUUUAGAGAAAACGACAAAGAGUAUCUAUCUAAAAUAUUUCUCAAAAACACAACGAACAUUGUCUUUUAAAAUAAUAUUACAAAUAUUAUUUUACAUGUUCAGUAUUCGAUUGAAUCCAUUUACAGAAACCCAUCUUUUAUAAUUAAAAGAAAGGUGUUUUGUAGAUAAAAUAUUAGAUUACAAUUAUAUUUAUUAUCCAUUAAAAAUAUACUUUUGUAUGGGGAUAAAUCAUGCCUUUGCUUAUUACUACUUAUUAUUCGGCCGUCCGUAGAAUCUAAGCCGUUAAAUGACGUAUGGUUUUUAGUAUGCCGAUUAAAUCUAAAUCGCCUUAACUUCCUAAUACUCCUCAAAUGUUGCAUCAGUGAUGAUGAAAGCUAUAGUAUCACACAUUACUAGUGAUAUGAUGCUCUCUCGAUUUUAAAUACAGUCAUAAUAGAAACUGAUGUGAAAUAUAAAAUGUAUUUAUGGUUUUAAAAAAAUCAACAUUUACAAAAUAUUUUUCUUGAUGUCAUUAAAGUGGUAUAUUUAUAUCUACAAUAGUAUGUUGAUAUAAAAUUCACCAAUUAAAACUACUUACUUAAUUUUACGAAAACGAAUAGCAAACUUCUAUAAAUUGUGUUAAGUACAUCUAUCUCUGUAAUCCAACAUGGAUAUAUUUAAUAAUGUUUUGUUUUAUUUACUUUGUUGUAAAUCGUCAGAUACGGUUAUUACAAGUAUUCAAUAAGGUGUAUUAUAAAAGAGUUUCUUUUACCUAAUUUAGUGAAACGAUUUCUCAUUUACAUCACACUUCUUAUAUUCAUGUUUUUGUUAUUAAAAAAAAAUCACUUAUAAAAAAAGUUGAAAUGUAUUAAUUCUAGAAAUCUUAAAUCUUAAAAAGAUUGUCGUUUUAGUAAUUAAUAUGUUAUCAAUAAAGUAAUAAUA